UCUAAUUUCAUCACUGGAGAAGAUGUUUGUUGGUUUAGUUGAAGGAGGAUACGUAUGUGGCUUUCAAUAAUGUCUAUGAAGUUUUGACCAGAUAAAAAGUUGUCCGGGGCGUUCAAGUGCAUUAGUGAUGUGGACAAAUGUCUUCAAAAUUGGUGGUCUACAUCAAGUAUCAUGGUUUCAGUUCCUCCCGAAUGAAUUCGAUCCCAAUCUAUCUGAUAGAAGUUUAAAGUCGAAUCAAAGAGAUGUUGGUGCACAAUUGGUGCUUGCAUCCCAUCUGCAGUUGCAAAAAGAUGGGUUUCUUAGUACAUGGGGUAAUUCGUUUGUUGGGCCUUGGGAUCCAUCUCAGGGACUACAUAACCCUGAUGAAAAAAUUAAGCUAUGGCUUUUUAUACCGGGCCGCCAUACAUCUGUCGUUGACAAGGCUAAAGCUGCUGUGUCCAAAUUAAGAGCUCUUGCAUCUGGAGUCUGGUUGGCACCAGGGGAUUCUGAAGAGGUGUCAGCUGCACUAUCUCAAGCUUUAAGGAAUUGUAUAGAAAGAGCUUUAGUAGGACUAUCAUAUAUGAGAUUUGGGGAUGUAUUCUCGAGAUACCAUCCAUCUUCACAAGGGGAAGAGCUAUUCAGGAAAGGCCAGCCGGUGCUUGAAUUCGUUUUUACCGCAACAGAUGAGGGUGUAUUUGUUCAUGUCAUAAUAUCUGCAAAACAUGUUCGGUCACUUUUAAAUGGUGACAUGGAGGCAAUUUUGAAACGCGCUUCUAAUAAUUCAGGUGAUAAGCUUCCAGUUAUUGUCUCACCUCAUGGGAUGCGUGGCAGGCUUACUGGAUUUUGUCCUGGUGAUCUCGUGAAGCAAUUAUAUUUCAGCUCCGGGAAAUCUAAAGCUUCGAAUGGAAUUGUGGGUCUUCCAUACCCAAUUUCGCAAAGUUCUGGCUGCCAGUUAAGGGGACAAAAUUGUUAUCUUGAAGUAACACUAGGAUGUGAAAGUGCUGAGAGUGAUAAACUGCAACCAUCAAGUUCAACUAAAAACUUUUCAAAGUCUGAGUCGCUAUAUGAAAAAACAUUUAUAUAUCCAGCUGAGGCAGUCCUUGUACCUGUUAUGCAGACUUCAUCUGCUAGAUCGUCUCUCAAAAGAUUCUGGCUGCAAAAUUGGAUGGGGCCAUCAUUGUCUGGUUCGUCAUUCUCUAUGCAAUGUGAUAAUGGCAUGAUAAUGGAUGGAUCAUGGCAACAUGGUUACAAUAGUAGUGGGAAUAGUAAUAGUAGUAGCAAUAGCUCUAGUACAUCUAGUGACAGUGAUUAUAGGAUGACUGGGGAAGCAGGGGAUCUUGAGGCUGAUGCUGAUUCUCUAUCAUGCAUAAAAUCUGGUUUAACAUCUGCAGAUCAAAUGCAUAUCGAUGGUUCUAAAUUGGGUAGUAAGCGAUCUCGAAACGGAAUGACCGAAUCUUAUGGUCAGGCAGGUACAGGGACAAUGAAUGAAUUUGGUUCAUUGGAAGUCAACGAGCAGGGUGGGUCUCAAUGGGACUGGGAUGAUGAUGACAGGGGUGUUGUCAUGGAUAUCCAAGCACUUCUUUCAGAGUUUGGAGAUUUUGGUGACUUUUUUGAAACUGAUGCUUUACCAUUUGGUGAGCCGCCAGGGACAGAGGAGUCACAGACACCCAUGUUUUCUGCAACAGAUGGUGGAGAUGCAAGUAGCAGCCCGUUUACUGGGAUGUUGGAUGCCUCUGACCCAAUGAUUUUACCAGUUGGGUUUUCAUCUUUUGAGAGCUUUAAUCCACCAUCAACCAUUGUAGAGGAAUCAAUUAGCAAAAAUCAAGAAGCUACAAAAGAUGCUGUAUCUUCUGGAUCAAUGAAUUACAAUCCACCAGCUAAUAAUGGUGAGUUCGAUUAUUUGAUUAAAGCUGAAGCCCUAAUGACAUUUGCUCCAGAAUAUGGAGCAGUUGAAACCCCAACAGCUGACUUGCUAUCAUCUGUUAUCAAAAGCCCGUAUAUUCCAAAAUCUCGAACUGUGGAAAGUGCAAAUUCCAGUUCAAAUAAUUACGUAUAUUCUGCAAUACCGCCUCCUCGUCAUGAUGUAUCUAAUGAUAAAUCCAGCAUUGGUGCAACUACGAAAGACAAAUAUUCUUUGCUCCAAUCCAAAAGUUACUACACUCAGAUCGAAAGCGUAAAAGAUAAAAAGGAUGAAAAACCGUCAUCCCGUGAUAAUGAUAUUACUUCACAUGAUGAUCUUGCACCGUCAACGUUGUCGGGUUUUAAUUCUUCAAAUACGGGUCCUAGAUCUUCCGCUCGAAGUAAGAUGCCGGGAACAGAAAAUUUUCUUAUAUCAUCAAAAACGGCUAUCGCAAAUGAACUCGAGUGCAUUAUGUUCCAAGCAUUUAUGUGCAGAAUUAGACAUACAAUAUUAGCUCCCGCCAGCUCAUUGCCCAGUGGAUUGAAUAGGUUAUCCGGAAAUAAUGUUUUGUAUCAGAUGCAUGGUGAAUCAAAUGUUUUGACAGACAAUAUGUCGAGUAAAUAUGAUAUAAAAAAGAAAGAAACAAUACCCAUUAGAAUUGCGGGGGAUUUGGAUGGUGGGCUACUUGAUGGGCCUCUUAAUUCACCUGUUGGUGUUUGGCGAACCGUUGGUGUUGCUAAAGGUUCAAAAACGACGACACAAAGUAUUGAACCAUUUGGUGCAUUACCUCAUAGUUCAUUUAAUGAGGAAGGGAUGCUGUCAUAUGGUCAAAGGCAGCCUCUUUUGGAGCUUCUUGAUGGGAUGACAUUACUUUUUCAACAAGCAACAUCUUUUGUUGAUGUGACAUUGGAUGCAGAUUAUGGGGACGGUCCUUAUGGUUGGCUGGCAAUGCAAGAGCAGUGGCGGCAUGGGUUUUCUUGUGGGCCGUCUUUAGUUCACGCUGGUUGUGGUGGGGUCUUGUCUUCUUGUCAUUCUCUUGAUAUAGCCGGUGUGGAACUUGCAGAUCCGCUCUCUGCUGAUGUUCAUGCGUCGUAUGCUAUUACUUUGCUUCAGUCUGACAUAAAAUCAGCCUUGAAAUCGGCUUUUGGCACCUUUGAGGGACCAUUGUCGGUCACUGAUUGGUGCAAAGGGCGAAAUGGUCCAUCUGAUGUAUUUUCAGCUGAAUCAUCUGCAAGCAUAAAUGACUGUAGAGAUACUUCCCUUGAACCUAUAAGCCCAUCUCAGUCUGCUGGUGGAUCUACAUCAUGUCCUAGCAAAGAUGGAAAUCGAGUGGAUGACAUAACCGAGUCAGAUCAGCAACUUGGACUCAGGCCUGCACUUCUUGUAGUUCCCUUUCCUGCUAUACUUGUCGGAUACCAGGAUGAUUGGCUUAAGACCUCAGCUACCUCUCUUCAACACUGGGAAAAAGCUCCUUUUGAACCAUAUGCUAUGCAGAAACAUAUGAAUUAUUGUGUCAUAUGUCCGGAUAUCGACCCCCUUACAACUGCGGCUGCAGACUUCUUCCAACAGCUUGAAACUGUGUAUGAAACGUGCAAAUUAGGAACUCAUUCACCUCAAACUUUUGGAAACCAAACAAAGGAUUCGGGGAAAUGGUCGUCUUCUGGUUUCGUUUUACUUGAUUGUCCACAAUCAAUGAAAAUCGAAAGUGAUAGUGCAUCUUUGGUGGGUUCCAUUAGUGAUUAUUUUCUUUCUUUGUCUAAUGGUUGGGAUUUGAAAAGCUUCUUGAAGUCCCUCUCGAAAGUUUUACAAGCCCUAAAACUUGGUUCAUGCUUUGCUCCGAACUCCAAAGAAGGAAACAGCGCUCCUUGUACAGUAAUAUAUGUGGUGUGCCCGUUCCCAGAGCCAGUUUCUGUUUUAAAGACUGUUGUUGAAUCAUGCGUAGCUAUCGGUUCAGCUAUUUCCCCCUCUUCAGAUAAAGAAAGAAGGUCUGCAAUGCAAAAUCAAGUUGGGAAGGCUUUAAGUUGCUCUACAGCAGUAGAUGAAGCAUCGAUAUCAAACAUUGUGACAAUUUCGGGUUUUACUAUCCCUAAAUUGGUGUUACAAAUCGUAACUGUCGAUGCAAUCUUUAGAGUGACAAGUCCAUCUCUUAAUGAGCCGGUUAUUCUUAAAGAGAUUGCUUUCACGGUCUACAAUAAAGCACGGAAGAUUUCUCGAGGAUUAUCUAAUGAUGUCAUUCCAUCAGUUUCGAUUCAAGGUCGCUCUCAAUCUCAUUCAAGUAUGAUGCAGAUGAAUUCUCCAAUCCCUGGGAUGUGGAAAGAUCCCAUUGGGCCUCGGCUAGGCCAAAGAGAAAGUGAACUUGAUGCUGGUUUGAGGGCUGGUACAUGGGAUAACUCAUGGCAAAUGUCUAGGCCUGGGGGAUUGGGAGGGGACCCGAACAGAACCAGUGAAUAUCUUCCUCAAGAUGAGUCAAAGUACAUGUUUGAGCCACUUUUUAUUCUCGCGGAGCCCGGCUCUUCAGAAAGAGGAAUGUCACCUGAGUCUUUAAAGCUUUUAGCGGAUGAUGGUACGAGUUCCGAUGCCGGGCUGGGUUCUCAAAUAGACGGGUCGGAUGAUGGGUUUGGCUCCAACCUACAGAAAGCACCACCAAGUCUACAUUGUUGCUAUGGAUGGACCGAGGAUUGGCGUUGGCUUGUCUGCAUAUGGACAGAUUCGAGAGGCGAAUUGCUUGACAGCUGUACGUUUCCGUUUGGUGGAAUUAGCAGUAGACAAGACACAAAAGGGCUGCAGUUUCUUUUUGUUCAAAUUUUACAGCAAGGUUGUCAGAUACUUCAGGCAUGUUCUCCAGAUACAAGCACAGCAAGGCCUCGAGAUUUUGUUAUCACACGCAUUGGAUGCUUCUUUGAGCUAGAGUGCCAAGAAUGGCAGAAAGCCCUUUAUUCUAUUGGUGGUUCGGAGGUCAAAAAGUGGUCUUUGCAGCUUAGACGAUCGGUACCUGAUGGAAUCUCUGCUAGCAGCAAUGGUGGUUCAUUGCAACAAGAAAUGAAUAUGAUACAAGAAAGAAAUCUACCAGCUCAUUCUAAAGGUUCUACCUUUAUGAAAGGUGGGUUGGGUCAACCGUCGACUAGAAAGCAGCUCAUAGGUGGUGGUGGAGGUCAUAUUUCUAUGGACAACUCCAAGGGUUUGCUUCAAUGGGUUCAAAGCAUCACUUUUGUAUCAUUGUCAAUUGACCAUUCCCUACAGUUGGUUUAUCAAGCGGACUCAUCUCCAGGCACGACUCAAGGCAGUGGAGUAAUGGGCCACUCUAGUUAUGUUGAAGGGUUCACGCCUGUAAAGUCCCUUGGGUCUGCUUCUGCGUCAUAUAUAUUUGUACCUUCACCUAGUAUGCGGUUUCUCCCCCCUAACCCUCUACAGCUCCCAACCUGCCUGACCUCAGAAUCACCACCACUGGCCCAUCUUCUUCACAGCAAGGGUUCUGCUAUUCCCAUUUCUACAGGUUUUGUAGUCUCAAAAGCCGUGCCUUCUAUGAGGAAGGAUUCUAGAAGCAAUUGCAAAGAUGAAUGGCCUUCCGUUCUCUCUGUUGGACUAGUCGACUAUUACGGAGGUAGUAAUAGUAACAAUAAUAAUGAGAAAACAAAAGGCAUGGGCAAACUGGGAAUGGAAAACCAUUUGAUUCUAGAGCGUGUGGCAGCUGAACUACAUGCAUUGUCUUGGAUGACGGUGAGCCCAGCAUACCUAGAAAGACGAACAUCACUACCUUUUCAUUGUGAUAUGGUUCUCAGGCUUAGAAGGCUUCUACAUUUUGCUGAUAAAGAACUUUCCCAGAUUUCCGAUAAACCAGAAAUCUAGAGAUAUGUUAAAUGCUAGUGAUUAUGUGCAGGAAUAGUUGUACAAUUUAAUUAAAUGCAUAAUUGUAGUACUUAUGAUUAGGAACAAAGUUUCAAGGUGUUCUUAGAGAAAUAGUGGAUUUCUUCUUUCAACAAAGUUACAUAGGUCAUGAAGUUAUUUUAGUGCUAGGACUUGAAUGUACAAAAGCAUUUUAGAUUUUGAAUGAUGUUUGUGAAGCAAAAGCGGGUUAUAGAUGAA